AUGUCCAGCUUUGAGAACGUGGUCGUCAUCGACGGCAAGGGACACCUUCUGGGUCGCCUGGCCAGCACUGUUGCCAAGCAGCUGCUCAACGGUCAGAAGAUCGUCGUCGUGAGAUGUGAGGCCCUCAACAUCUCCGGCGAGUUCUUCCGCGCGAAGCUCAAGUACCACGCCUACCUCCGCAAGAUGACCCGUUUCAACCCCACUCGCGGUGGUCCCUUCCACUUCCGCGCCCCCUCCCGCAUCUUCUACAAGGCUGUCCGCGGCAUGAUUCCCCACAAGACCGCCCGUGGUGCCGCCGCUCUCGAGCGCCUUAAGGUCUUCGAGGGUGUCCCCCCUCCCUACGACAAGAAGAAGCGCGUUGUCGUUCCCCAGGCUCUGCGUAUCCUGCGUCUCCGCCCCGGCCGCAAGUUCUGCACUGUCGGUCGUCUCAGCCACGAGGUUGGCUGGAAGUACCAGGACGUCGUCUCCCGUCUCGAGGAGCGUCGGAAGGUUAAGAGCAAGGCUUACUACGAGCGCAAGAAGGCCGCUCGCCGUAGCCUCGCCAAGGCGGAGCAGAGUGCGAACGUUAACAGCAAAACCAAGUCCCAGCUUGCUGAGUACGGCUACUAG